UAAAAAGCCAUCUGGGCAUGUUACAACAGAUCCUGAUUAGCACGCUAGCACAGACUGGAGGAGCGGAGAGAGAGAGAGAGAGAGAUGAACUAGAAGGAUCCUCCAUCCCAAGUUCGUAGACAAUAUUUGCAGUAAAGGAGAAUCAAAGUGCGGCCAAAAUGAACGGUCAGAACAUUCUUAAAGAGGGGCAGUUAGAGAAGAGGAGCGACGGCUUACUGCAGCUUUGGAAAAGGAAAAACUGCCUGUUGACAGACGAAGGGCUGUGCAUCCACGAUCCGAAGGCAAGCCGGUCAAAAUGCAAAGUGCUCGCCUUUGAAAACAUGAAGACGGUGGACUGCGUGGAGAGGAAAGGCAGAUACAUCUAUUUCACCAUCGUGAUGGCAGAUAACAAGGAAAUAGACUUCAGGUGCCUGGAAGACUCGACGUGGAACGCCGAGAUCACACUGGGCAUGGUGCAGUUUAAGAACCGCCAGGCGAUUCAGUCUGUGAAAUCCCGACAGCUGGCUCACAUCUGCACGCCAACUGCUAUCAGCACCAUGUCCUGAUCCAAAGACACCAGGGUAUUAACAAUAUGCAAAAGAAAUGAACAAUACUUCACCUGCAACCAAACAAUACUGAAUGGACAGGAUUAAUUGUGUCUGCUGCCAUCACAAGAAUAUACAUCGGUUCAACCAAAUGACAAUCAUGAAUCAAAAUAGAUGUAUUUUCAUGAGAAGGACUAUAAUAAUUUAGAAACAGAUUCAUUAUUCACAAAAUGCUUCUAAGUCUUAAUUUUUUAUUUAUUAAAUGACCAAUAUUCACUGUAGUGAUGACUACAUUAAAGUCAUGCAUAAUACAUUGUAAAUUACUCUGCCGACUUUAUUUAUUUAGAUAUAUUGUCUUUCCAAUGCUUCACAUUGUGAUUUUACUCUGCCAAAAGGGAAAUCUUACAAUCUGUAUGACAGUUUUUUUUGUCUGAAACGCUGUAAAUAAAAACAGAUGACUACGUACUGAA